AGAGAGACAGGGGAGGGGCUUGGAAAUAAAUGCUGGUGCAUGAGACAGAGAGAAACAGAGUCUGAUGGGGAUACAGAAUUUGUUACUACUCCACCUCUUCCCUAAAUGCCCUUCAGCAUCGGCUGCAGUUCCUGUUGAGAGCACACAUGGACCAAGGGAGGAGGAGACUGUGAUACAGAAAAAAAAAUGAUACGCUAGGGAAAGGGGGGCGAGCUUUUCCAUCCAUGGUGCAGAGUUGUUACUAAAAGGACAGGCAAACUGCAGGAUUCUCCUGUCUGCCGUAGAAGAGAAGGCUAGAACUCAAGUUUGCCAGCUAAUAUUACAUGUAAUAUACUUAAUAAUCUAAGUGGAAGGAAUCAAAAGCCAUCAGUAUGGAUUUUGUUAUGAAGCAAGCUUUGGGAGGUGCUACAAAGGAUAUGGGGAAAAUGCUUGGGGGUGAUGAAGAAAAAGAUCCUGAUGCACAAAAGAAAAUGGAAGAACAGCAAGAGGCUUUACGUCAGCAAGAGGAAGAGAGGAAAGCAAAAUAUGCAAAAAUGGAAGCGGAAAGAGAAACUAUGAGACAAGGAAUUCGGGACAAGUAUGGCAUAAAGAAGAAAGAAGAAAAAGAGGCAGAGGCACAAGCUGCAAUGGAGGCGACAGCAGAAGGCAGUUUGACACGUCCGAAGAAGGCUAUACCUGCUGGCUGUGGGGAUGAAGACGAGGACGAGGAAGAAAGCAUUCUAGACACAGUUAUUAAAUAUCUACCGGGUCCUCUUCAAGAUAUGUUCAAGAAAUAAGAGAAGCAAAAUAGUAGACUGUCAGACUGUUUUAAUUUAAAACAGCAAAGCAAUGGUUUUCCCAUUUUAUGGUGGGAAAGUGAAGUAUUGCCACAUGCUACCCUCCCUCCCGUCUCUUUGCUCACUAUAGUCCCUCACUUUCUUUUCUUCUUCCCUUUUGUACAUAGUCACAUACAGUAGACACCUCUAAAUGGAUGUCAAGGUUAUGAGCUGCAGUCUACGCAAUUUUAUUAUAAGCCAUAGUACAAUAUAUGUAAAAUCUGGCAGUUGUAUACGCAGAAACACACGUUGAAAUCACCUUACGAAUAAUGUUGUCAACUUGAGAUUAUUUUCCUUUUUCUUUUUUUGGGUUAUUUGUAUAUAAUCUGGUAAUUAUUGGCAACAGGAUUUGCUUCUGGCAAAUAAACUGAAAUAAAAAUAUCUUACCAUCAUGUAAACUGGCAUAUAUUUGUGAUUACAUGUCCAUCUUAAGGGAACAUUCAGAAAAUGAACCAUGUGGAACUCUCCUUUAUCCAAGACUUCAUAGUGAACUGUAGAAUUGCCUCUGUACUUUAAGUGGCACUAUAUUUAUUCCAAGAGCUAAUUAAUGUUUUAUCCAUGGCACAUGCACUUGGUUCAAGAAACAAUCUUAAAUCAAUUCAUAGAAAUUGGUAUUUCAAUGUUAGAAUGAUUUCAAAAUAUUUGAUUAAAAUGAGGUGUAUCUAUUAAAUCAGAUUUAUUUAAUACUGCUACUAAUAUUAAUAACACUAUUACUACUACUAAUGCAAAUAUUAGUAUUAUAAUACAACUGGCAUUUGAUUUAUUUAAAUUCAAAUAAUGAAUUUAGGUGUAACCACUUAAAUUAAAUAGGUGCAAUGGUCAAGCUACUUACAUUGUUUUUUAAUUUAAUUUUAUAUAUAUAUAUAUAUAUAUAUAUAUAUAUAUAUAUAUAUAUAUAUAUAUAUAUAUAAAAGAAAAAGAGGUAUAGAAUAUAUAUAUAUAUAUAUAUAUAUAUAAACACUGUAUAUUUUCGACUGCACUUCUCUAAAGUACCUGUCUUUUUUUAAUAUGUGACAAAGACAUAAGCAAAACUGAAACUAAGUAAAUAACUUCUGUUAUUUUAAACCAAUGCAUUCAAUUCUCAGUGAACCAAGAAAUCUUAUUCAACACAGAAGUGCUACUGACAUUUUUUUCACGGUUCACAAAAUGUUUAGAUUGCCAAUUUACAAUCAAUAUUGAAACUGAGGGUAUGUAGCUUUCAACACAUGGACCAUAAGGAGUAAAUCUUAGCAAGAAGAGUAAAAUAAAAAAAAAUACACUCAUGUAAUAAAAUAUGUGGACAUUUUUAUAUUUCACUUAACAGGUAAAUGUGUUAAAUAAACCCCAAAAUAUAAUAAUCUACUUAAAUCUAUGGACAACAUGUUUUGUCAUCGCAUUGCAUAUGAUAAGAAUCUUGUAACGUCUGUUGAACUUUUGUGAGUAAAGUGCUUAACACACUCUGUUUUAUACAGUUAAUGCAGUUUUUUCUAAAAGCACAUAAAACAACAGUUUAAUGAACAAAAAUCAACAAACAACACAAUUAUGAGAACAUUGGAAUAAGCUUCUUUGUAUUUUAUAAUCUCAGAUUUUUUAUUUAUUUAUUUUACCAAAUGUAACAUGAGGCUUUAAAACAACCAAAGAGAAGCCUGGUUCAUUUGUCCUAUUCUGGAUAUCUCUGUCAUCAUUCAUAGCUUUGUGUCCAUAAAAUGUGUUUAAUCUCAGGUAAUUGAGGUAGUCUUUUUGUAUUUUUUUUAAUUAGGAAGGGGAUGCAUUCAAUUGAACAAGAUCUAAAGUUCUGCCAUUGUCAGAGUGCAUGAAGUACAAACCUUUUUAUUUCACAGAAAUUGUUGUCCUCUGGUUUUUAGAGAGUGAAAUGAUUAAUUGUGAAUUUGAUUUUCAUGAACUUACAUCUACCUUUAGAGAAAGCCAUAUAAAAUCAGACUGCAAUAUUAAUUUUGAAUGCUACUACAUGUUAAGAGACUAGCUCAUGUAUUUAUUUGCACUGGAGUUUCUUAGUCUACGUUUACUGUAUGUUAGUUUAGUGUUUUUCCCUUCUGUGUCAAACUAAAACAUAUCAAUGCUGCUGUUUAUGUCUUCUUUAAUGAGCUUACUAAUAUAACGUUGUGUACUGUUGCAAAUUUGAUGUUGUGAACUAAAUGUAAUGUCUUACGUGAAUGCUAUGUUAGUAUGUGUUUCCUCUCUGUUAUUUGUGCACAGAGUUAGCAAAAUGUUUGAGUAACCGUCUUACAAAUGUUUUCAUACAUGGAAGCUAAACAGCUCAGCCAUAAUUUUGUGACUAGCCGAAUCAUUUUUGCUAUUUAAAUGCUCAUAUCAAAUGCAUGCUGUGAUCUUCUAACCAAACCACAGGAAGACGUAGAGACUCUGUGAAUGUAAACGUCAUCUGUAAUUUGCUUGCUAUUCUCCAUUGCAUGAUACCAGUUAAUAAAUAAUUGUUAUUCAAAAUGGAAUCACAGCCAAUAAAAAUAAAGUGAUUUCAUAUUUUGUUUCUUCUACAA